UCUCCCUACUCCCUUGAGAUAAAGCCUCAGCGGAAGGGGCGGGGCCGGAGGCGGGACUGCUUUUCCACUCAGCCGUAGAAAUUCUGGAGAAAAGGCGGUUUGAGGCGUCUUUUAUCCCCUCUCUCCUCCCGCCUGUAGAGGUCGCUCUAGGAGGUGUAGCAGAAGUGGUGUUUGGAUGAUGGCGGCCUCACAGACCUCCGCCUCGGUUCCGCGGGUGGCGCGGACCAUGCUGGGGCAGGUGGUACUGCCGGGCGAAGAGCUGCUGCUGCCCGAGUCGGCGGGACCGGGCACCGAGGGCUCCGCGGAGCAGACGUUGCGCCUGGGGUCCGUGGUGCGGCCCCGCGCCCGCGUGGUGUGCGGUCCGGGCCUGCGGCGGUGCGGGGACCGCCUGCUGGUCACCAAGUGCGGGCGGCUCCGCCACAAGGAACCCGGCGGCAGCGGAGGCGGAGGCGGCGUGUAUUGGGUGGACUCCCAGCAGAAACGAUAUGUCCCUGUUAAAGGAGACCAUGUGAUAGGCAUUGUGACUGCUAAAUCUGGUGACUUAUUCAAAGUUGAUGUUGGAGGAAGUGAACCAGCUUCUCUAUCUUACUUGGCAUUUGAAGGAGCCACCAAAAGAAACAGACCAAAUGUGCAGGUGGGAGAUCUCAUUUAUGGCCAAUUUGUUGUUGCCAAUAAAGACAUGGAACCAGAGAUGGUCUGUAUUGAUAGCAGUGGAAGAGCAAAUGGAAUGGGUGUCAUUGGACAGGAUGGCCUGUUGUUUAAGGUGACACUGGGUUUAAUCAGAAAGCUUUUAGCUCCUGAAUGUGAAAUUAUCCAGGAGAUAGGAAAACUCUACCCAUUGGAAAUAGUAUUUGGAAUGAAUGGAAGAAUAUGGGUAAAAGCAAGAACUAUCCAACAGACUUUAAUUUUGGCAAAUGUUUUGGAAGCCUGUGAACAUAUGACAACAGAGCAAAGAAAGCAGAUAUUUUCCAGGUUGUCAGAAAGUUAACAUCAAUUUCUCUGCUUCAUUCUUUAUGUGGAAUAUUGUAUGAACUCAUGGUAAUUAACAAUGACAGUUUUGUAAGAACUUUUUCAUCUUCAGAUGAAAUCUUCCCUUCUCUCAAGUUCCUCAAGAUGAUGUACAAUAAAAAUUUUUUUUUAUUAGUAAGAAAGUCAUUAAUCUCAGCCAUUUAAAAAAGCCAUUAUCUGAGGGAAUGCCCUGUGUAAUUCCAUUUCGGCUAUCUUUGGCCAAUCCAGGACCCAAGAAUGAGCUGGAGGUUGGGAGGGAUUGGGCGGAGAAUCACUAGGCAAGACAGCAACAGUCAGUACCUACCACUUGACAUUUCCUCUCCUUUCUUGAGAUUAAACACACACAGCUUGUGAAUGAAUGUCAGCCAUUAACAAGUGUUUUUUAGUAUGUUCUUGGCUCUGCUAUAUCUCAUGACUGUGCUGCAGAGACCUCAGGCCCUAGGUGAGAAGGAACCAGCACACUUGUGAGUGCAAAAACAGCAGGACAGGGACACUGCUGGCUGUGGAUACUUGCAGGGAUAGGGAGCGCUUGAUUUGGGAUUCCAGGAUAGAGGAGAGAACUGAAGUGAAGCUAGAGGCACCAUAACCCCCCACCCCAGAUUAUACUAA